UCUCAGUUUGCACCAAUCUGCCGCCGUGCAUCUCUCCGCCGUCCGCCGUUGUCCCUCUCAGCGCCGGUAUUUGGUUCAGCACCGGUAUUGUCUCUUUUUCUGCCAUCUUUCGCCGCCGUCAUCUUUAAGGGGCGUUUGAUUGAUCUAACGAUUGUGGUUGGGCUAAAGGCAGGCUGCCUUUCCCACCCAAAAUUCACACAAUCCUUAUCCAUGUUUUUGUUUGACAGAAAAAAAAAAUCUAGAAAAUUGUUCUUUUUUUUCUCUUUGAAACAGAGGGAGCACUCACUCUACUCACUGUGAGUGAAUAAGAACCUCAAGAACAACCAUAGCUUUUAGCAACACUUCAAGAUUUUUCAACUCACAACUACGUACCCUCUCUACUCUAGUUUCUGGUAAAUACCAUAGGUUUCAAAUUUGGAUGCAUAUGUGAAUGUAAAAUAACAGACACACUGACGAACUUAUUGUGGAGAAGUGGUUGUAAAUAUCUGAUGAGGGUGCUUCAAAUGCCCCAACUUGUAAGACAUGGUCCAUUUCAAAGUCAUCUAUGUUGCUACACUUCAUAUGUAUCUUCAAGGUUGCCGGUAUGUUUUGUUUCAUUGAACCCUUCAAGCAAUCCCACAAAAGACAUCAACAACAACGACUUGAUUCAAUCGUUAUGUAGAGGUGGCAAUCUUAAGCAAGCUGUUCAGGUCUUGUGUAAUGAGCCCAAUCCGACUCAGAAGACUUUCGAGCUUUUGAUAUAUUCUUGUGCGCAACAGAAAUCUCUUUCGGAUGGUCUUGAUGUUCAUCACCGUCUUGUCGGUAGUGGUCUCAACCAAGACCCGUAUUUGGCUACUAAACUUAUCAACAUGUAUCGUGAGUUAGGGGCUGUUGAUCACGCUCGUAAGGUGUUUGAUGAAACUCGGGAAAAAACCAUCUAUGUCUGGGCUGCAGUAUUCCAAGCGCUGGCAAUGGCGGGCCGUGGUGAGGAGUUGUUAGAAUUGUAUCGUCAGAUGAAUAUGAUGGGGAUUCCAUCGAAUAGGUUCACGUAUACAUAUGUGCUUAAAGCUUGCGUUGUUUCGGAGUUGUCUAUCUGUCCUCUUUGGAAGGGUAAGGAGAUUCAUGCACAUAUUCUGCGACAUGGCUAUGAAGGACAUGUUCACGUUAUGACGACUUUGUUGGAUGUAUAUGCUAAGUUUGGUUGUAUAUUCUAUGCAAGUUCUGUGUUUGAUGCUAUGCCUGAUAAGAACAUUGUCUCGUGGAGUGCAAUGAUUGCAUGUUAUGCAAAGAACGAAAGGCCGAUGAAAGCAUUGGAAUUGUUUCAGCUAAUGAUGCUUGAGGCAUGUGAUACAGUUCCAAAUCCAGUAACAAUGGUGACUGUGCUUCAAGCUUGUGCAGGCCUUGCUGCAUUGGAACAUGGAAAGUUGGUCCAUGGCUAUGUCCUUAGAAGAGGUCUGGAUUCUGUAUUGCCGGUUCAUAACACUCUUAUAACAAUGUAUGGAAGAUGCGGUGAGAUUUCCACGGGACAGCGAGUGUUUGAUUAUAUGAAGAAACGCGACGUUGUUUCAUGGAAUUCUUUGAUUUCUAUAUAUGGUAUGAAUGGUUUUGGAAAGAAAGCCAUCCAAAUUUUUGAAAAUAUGAUCAACCGAGGAGUUUCACCGAGUAACAUAUCGUUUAUUACUGUUUUGUGUGCUUGCAGCCAUGCAGGCCUUGUCGAGGAGGGAAAGAUUUUGUUUGAUUCUAUGCUUAAUAAGUACAGGAUCCGUCCAAGUAUGGAGCAUUAUGCUUGUAUGGUGGAUAUUCUUGGCCGAGCUAAUAGGUUUGACGAAGCAAUCAAAUUAAUAGAUAAUAUGGAUUUCAAGCCAGGACCAAAGGUUUGGGGUUCACUUCUUGGAUCAUGUAGGAUUCACUGUAACGUCGAGCUCGCUGAGAGAGCAAGCACUAUUCUUUUUGAGUUGGAGCCUAUGAAUGCCGGAAAUUACGUGCUUUUAUCGGAUAUAUAUGCAAAAUCUGGGAUGUGGAACGAGGUACGGCGUGUAAGGAAACAAUUGGAAUCUCGCGGCCUGCAAAAGAUUCCGAGUUGCAGUUGUAUUGAAGUCAAAAGGAAGAUAUACUCGCUUGUCUCUGUUGAAGAGUAUAACCCACAAAUCGAAGAUCUUCGUGCUUUCCUAGUUACACUGUUAACCGAGAUCAAGAAUCAGGGUUAUGUCCCGCAGACAAACGUUGUUAAGUAUGAUCUUGAUGAAGAAGAGAAGGAAAGAAUAUUAUUGGGACAUAGCGGAAAACUUGCCGUCGCUUUCGGACUCAUUAAUACUUCAAAAGGAGAAACCAUUAGAAUUUCAAACAACUUGAGAUUGUGUGAAGAUUGUCAUGGUUUUAUGAAGUUCGUUUCCAAAUUUUCUAAUAGAGAGAUUCUUCUUAGAGAUUGUCAUAGGUUCCACUGUUUUAAAGAUGGAAUUUGUUCAUGUGGUGAUUAUUGGUAGUUAUUGGCAGAAAAGACUAUGCAGUAUUGCAGUUAGAAUCAUUAUGAGGUAUAUAUAUAGUGACAGAAAUUGAAUGAUGCCAUGGUUCCAAACACAGCAUACAACAAUUGAAUUGUGAUGUACAUUUAUUGCCUCUUUUUACAAUGCAUUGAACAAUCAGGAUUGUGCUUUAUGACACAUUAGUUCAACAAGGUUGUGGUAAAUAGUUGAAUUAAACAUGAGGACCUAACUUUGAUUCUUGAAUGCCUUCAUUAGGAUUGUGACCACAGUGGGACAGUGCAUGCUAAAACAUUCAAGGAAGAAAAUGACCUAUGGACUAACAACUGCACAGAAAUUUCAACUUCCAAUAUAUAGGACAGACUAUUGAUUUUCAUUACUAUUUCAUUACAAUUUCAAUAUAAGAAUACAAAGAGCUCUACAAGAUGUACAAUAGUUCUUUUGAAUAUGAUAUCAUGUAUAGUUAGAUUAUGUUGAAUAUCAAAAUUGAGUUUUAUCUCUUUGGUCUA